AUGCUAUUGAUAACAACAGCUGAUAUGAAGUGUGUCGGACUGGAACAGUCUCGUUUCGACAGUAGCCCGCCAGCCGGGUUAACGGCCGCUGUGUGCAGCGGCUGCAUCACAUCUCUUGUGUUUUUGUUGACGGAUAAUAUUUGUGGUGUUAAACUCAUCUGUGCAAUCCGUGACUCGUUAUCUGUAAGUAUGACCUCGAUACUAGCAAGCUGUUAUGUCUGUAUGAACUUGCAAACGUAUCAGUUAGAAAACCUGUUGAUCAUCCCAAUGUUUCACCCUGUGUAUAAAAAUAAAUUAGCAAGGAUUUUAUCUAUACCAAUAUGUAUAAAUCAAAUAAGCAGACUCUCAAUAAAAUUCCCAGUUUUCCGUCGAGCGGGAAGGAGGCUGAAGCUUCGGAGACGGCAGAUGCAUUUGAAGAACAUUAUAAAUGCAUUAGCGUUGUAA